GUGUGCUGGACAGGUACAGAGGACGCAGUCUCCGUCCGUACCAGUAUCAAACGGAAUGAUCCGGGUUUGAGGAGGGUGAUGGACCUGUCAAAGCGAGCAUCAUCGUGGUCAGUGGAAGAAGUGUUGGAAUGGGUUAAAGAACAACACCCAGCACACAUGAGCACACUCCAAAAAGCCAUUAUCAAACAUGAUAUAUCAGGCCGUGCUUUGCUGAGACUGAAGGAGCAUCACCUGGAGCUUCUUGGAGUGGGCGAUGAGGAGCAGCAGCAGGAAAUAUUGCAGGACGUGCUGCUCCUCAGAGUUCAGGAAGAAAUCAAUGAUCUUGAUGGCAUCUGCUCCGACUGUUUUUCUCCCUAAAGGACAGCAAAAAUCUUCACAGAGAAUAAACCCAGCUGACUUUUUUUUAUUUUUCAUCCAUCCAUUCAUCUGUGUGAAGGAGAGUGAAAGGCAGGAGUGAUGGAAAUAACAAGAGAAGGUGAAAAGAAGGAGGGAUCGAUGAGGAGUGAGGAGAGGAAAGAAAACCCAUUUCCUGUGUGAAACCUGACCUGCGCAGAUAGAUGAGAUUAGUUUUUGUCUGGUUGUCUUUUUCUGAUCUCUGCUGUCCAUUAGUCUCUGUCUCUCUUCUUUCUCUGUAUUGCAUUCAAGCAUAGCAGUAUAAAAUUUCCAAACUCA